AUGAAGAAGGCUGGAAAUCCUUUCACAAACCGUGCUGCAAUAAAGAAGCUGCUAGAUUCACUUCCCAAGGAAUGGAGCCUACAAUGCAUGAUGAUCAAGAAGGAUUUACUCAACAAUCCAAAUCCUGUCACUCUGUCCGACUUGAUUAACACCCUAAGAGCCUUUGAAAUGGAUGUCAACAAAAGAGAGAUGAACACUGCUGGUUACCCACCAAAGUCAACUCAAACCUCUGCCGGAUUGAAAAACGUAGCGUUUCUUGCUUCAGGUGGCAUCACUCCACAAGCUUCUGAUUUAAUCUAUUCAAACGUUUCCGCAAGCGCAUCGAAAGCUCCACAACCCAGUGAAAAGACCAUCUCGGUUGGUGAUACACAAGCAUUGAAGGUGUCUACUGAAAACGUGGCACUGUUCAACAUGUUUCUAAGCAGCUUUGAAGCUUUGAUGUCUGGAGAACUGAAGAAGGAAAUGCUCACUGCCGAAGACAUGUAUCAGAAUCUGGGCCAUUUCAAGCGUGAUUGUCCUCUGUUGAAGGAAGGAAACAGUGAAACCACUCCUGCUGUAAAGCAAAUCACAGUUGAAGAAAACAAGAGCAACGCAUCUCCCAGCACGCCAAAAGCUUUAGUCAUCGAAGACUAUGAUUGGAGUGAAGAAAUUGCUGAAACUAAGGAGCAAGUCAACAAAGCUCUUAUGGCAAAAAUCUCAAGCGAGUCCUCACUCAAACAGUUUAAAAAACAAACAGUUGGAAUCCCAAAAGGAGACAACGUAGUGGACAAAGGUUUGAAAAGCAUUCUCACUUCAGUGGAGCCUGAGAAUGAAAAGAAGUGUGGAGAAGCAGAGGAGCAUGUUUCGAAAGAGGCAUCUGAUCAAAAGAAGGGUAAGGAAAAGGUCCCAGCAGCCGCCAUGAAAGCAGAUUCAUCAAAAGAGAAGGCUGACAAGGACUUGGUAAACAGUAUUCCACUUAGUUUUAAAGAAAAAUUAUGCACACCUGCAUGCGUUGAUGUCGUGGCACAUUACAAAUCUUUAAAUCUAGAAUUUGAGAGACAAAAAGACAAAGCUUUAAAAGUUAACAACGAGCUUAAACAGAAUAAGGCUGCAUAUCAGAGAAAGAAAAACAAUGUUAAGGAUGAAUCUAAUAAUUUAAGUAGGAUGGAUGACUGUAAUGGCCGAGUGCCUAAAUUUAAAUCUUCGGAUGACUAUAAGGGCCAUGUGCCUACAUUUGAGACCCGUGAUCAUGAACAUUGUGUGUCUGAAUGUCAUGAUUUGAAUUAUGCUUUUUGUGAUGAUAAAGUUGUUUGUGAAUCUCCUGUAUUUGUGCCAGAAUUGAAAAGGAAUAGUUUUGGAAAGUUCCUCACAGAGGAGAUUCCUGAAUUUAUUCCUUCUAGAACAGGUAUGACAGACUCAGAAAAGAACGUCACUGAAGAUCAUGGCAAUGAAGACUCAAGCACCGCUGUCUCAGAAAAUGAGCAACGAUCAGAAAGUUCAAGUGAAGAUCAAACAACAAGUAGUGAAAGUCUCGAAUCCUCAAGUGAAGAUCAACCCACCAAUGAUGAAAGCUUCGAAUGUUCAAGUUCUGAAACCAUUGAAGACCAAGACUCAGAAAGUUCAAACAAAGAUCAAAGCUACAAUGAGUCAAGUUACGAAGCAAGAGAAGAGCAAAGCUCAAGCGAGGACAACACGUCUGAAAGUUCAUUCGAUUCAGAAAGACAUACAGCGAAACAUUGUAAAACCAAGAAGUUUUCUAAACCAGAACAUGAUUUUCUUACAAACGUCACAUAUCAAAAUAAACUCCAGAAAUGGCUUCGUAUGCUCAUGGAGUACAUCUGGCAUGUAGACAGUGGAUGUUCAAGACACAUGACUGGAUUGAAGGAACUUCUGAAAAACUUUCGCUUCAUCGAUGGUGAUUUCGUAUCUUUCGCUGGAGACGAGAAAGGAGGAAUGAUCGUUGGAGUACGAGAUGUGGUGUCUGAAGCCCUCACGUUGGAGAAUGUCAACUAUGUUCCGGAGCUGUGCUACAACCUCAUGAGUGUCUCACAAGUCUGUGAUAAAGGAAUAUCAGUGCUUUUCAAUGACAUGGAAUGCUUGUUCCUCAAGCCCGGAUAUGUUGUUCCUGCUGAAAUGAUUAUGCUCACUGCUCCAAGACAAAACAACACAUACGUGCUCAAUAUGAAAAAUCCCAAGAUAAACGACAAUCUGACCUUCUUGAUCUCUAAGGCUGCAGAGUCGGAAUCCCUGCUUUGGCACAGGCGAUUGGGGCAUGUUAAUUUCAAAAAUAUGAACAAACUCUCUAAGUUAAACUUAGUAAGAGGCCUUCCGAUUAAAGAAUUCCCAUUUUCUGAAAAAUAUGAUUUCUCUCGAUUCUCAUGGGUCUACUUUCUUGAAGCAAAAAGCGAGACAGCUGAAGUUCUCAAAUCGUUCAUCCUGCUGAUUGAAAACGUGACCAAACUAAAAGUGAAGUCGAUCAGAAGUGACAAUGGGUCCGAGUUCAAAAAUCAAACCUUCAUAUCCUUCUGUGCAGAAAAGGGAAUUCAUCUCCAAUAUAGUGCAGCCAGAACUCCCCAACAAAAUGGAGUCGCUGAACGCAAGAAUAGAACGUUGAUCGAAGCUGCACGAACCAUGCUGGUGGAUUCAAAGCUUCCAAUCAUCUUCUGGGCAGAAGCAGUAAAUACGGCAUGCUACGUUCUAAACAGGGUACUCAUUGUAAAACCACAUGGAAAGACUGCAUAUGAACUUCUCUUCAAAAGAAAGCCGCUCAUUGACUUCUUCAGACCAUUUGGUUGUUCGUGCACCCUUCUGAACACUCAGGAAAAUCUCAUCAAAUUUGAAGCAGUGGGUGAUAUCUGCUACUUCAUGGGGUAUUCAUCCACACAGAAGGCCUACCGGGUUUACAACAAAAGAACGAAGAUAGUGAUUAAAUCAUACUAUGUUGACUUUCAAGAAGGAAACUACACCAACACCGGAAGUACUCCUGAUUGGUUCUAUGAUGUGGGUGUGAUUUUUAACACCUUUGAAAUUCCGGAAGUGGUUUCAGAAACAGAACCUGUUGAAGACACUCAAGUUGAACCACUGUUUGACUCAUCAGACAUUGGUUUAACUCCGUUUACCACCCGUCUAUCUCCAUCAACCGCUGAUCCUAUUCUGGCUGUGAAUGAAGCAACUGGCACAGUCGAAGAAGGAGUGCGUACACGCGCGCAGUCGUCAAGCAUCAACAAAGGUCUCUUUGCAGCUUUUCUUUCGCAAUCCGUUCCAUGA